CAUGUGGAGAUGGAAAGACGGAAAAAGAAUAAAAGUUCUUUUUCCUACGAACGCUCUCAUUCGUCGUGCUGAAUUCGAGUAGCCUGCCAGUAAACCCGAGCAGAGAAAUUUUCCAAAGAAAAAGAUCAACGAGUACCGACAAUUGGAGAAUGAAGACUAGCCAAAUUGCAAGAUACGCUAUUCGUUUAAACUACGGACAGGUAAGGGUGAAUGAAUUAGCUAGCUCAAAGGCGAUCGAUCGCAAGACAGCCCGAUCGGCAGCGCUGCUUGCUGCACUCGGAAUUGGGCUCUCGUCUUUCAGCAUGAAGCAGAUGUUGGCACAGCAGCCUAAGAGAAAAUUUUAAAUAAGAAGUGAACGUCGCGAAGGUUGAUGAAUGAUGUUUGUGAGUUUUGAUUGUUUUCUACCUUGAUGGAUCGCAGUGCAGGACGGUCAUCAGCAUGAUCAUCAUCACUAGGUGGCAGCUUAUAAGCUAGUCAUCGCAGACACGUGUGCGACGAUACGCAUUAUAAAAAGCCAAUUACUGUAUUUGUUUUAGCGUUAGUAGUCUUUCAAUUCAUUUAGUUUUAGUUACGUAAACUUUUACUUGUUCACUGCACGUAUGUUUAUGCUUGCCAGAAGAAGUAAUUUAAUUGUAACAAAAUAUUUGUUCUUUGGCAAAACAGGUUCCAAAUUUUAGGUAAUUUUGCUCUCAGCGAGAAAACGUGAACCGUGCGAUCUCAUUCUACUAAUAAACUUUCAAAUUACUGGUCUGUACCUAAAUAUUUUGAUAUAGUUCUCGUGCAUCGCAGUGAUUUAGUUUAGUAGUAUUUAUUGAAUGCUUUGCAUAAAGAAUAUCGUAAAAGCAGACUAGUUGACGCGGUGAUAUUCGCUAAGUUCGUUAAUUGAGACGAUUCGUUGUUGAUUGAUGCCUCAUAUGAGUUGUAAUGCAGAGAGCAAAACCGUAAUACAUGCAAAAUUGACGAAAAUACGUUGUGUACCAUACGGAUAGACUUGACACAAGACAAUGCAAAAUAAUAGAUUUGAAUGACUGAUAAAAAUAAAUCAAAAGCUAGUAUAGAUGCUUGUUAUGUUGUGUUAUGCAACAUGUCCGAAUGAACAGAUAGAAGUUUGCCACAUUGCAUAUUCACAUUAGCAUUAGCUUCAGGAUUGGUCGGGUGCUUACGGGUAAAUUUUGAGUGAUAAAUGACGACU